UACCUAGGUCGGUGCAUGUACUUGACGGCAAGGUACACUCCUCAACACCUGUCGCUGAACACAACCAGGCGUCCACACAUCGGUAGCGAGCUUCCGUGCCCAUAUAGCCCACACGCGCGCGCGCCUGCACCAAGAGCACCCAUUGCUUCAGACAUGGAGAAGAGCAAGGUCCUAGUGGUUGGCGGCACGGGGUACAUCGGCAGAAGGAUGGUGAGGGCGAGUUUGGCUCAGGGCCACCGGACCUUCGUCCUGACGCGUCUGGAAAAGGUCGGCAUGGACAUCGACAAGCUCCAGCUCCUGCUUUCGUUCAAGGCGCAGGGCGCAGUCCUCGUUGAGGCGUCUAUGGACGACCACCGGAGCCUCGUUGCCGCCGUGAAGCAGGUCGACGUCGUCGUGUCCGCCAUGGGCGGUCCACACCUGCUGCAGCAGCUCAAGCUCGUGGAGGCUAUCAAAGAAGCUGGGAAUGUCCAGCGGUUCCUACCAUCUGAAUUUGGCAUGGACCCCGCAAGGAUGGGGCAUGCUCUUGCACCAGGGAGGGUCACGUUUGAUGACAAGAUGGUGAUAAGAAAGGCAAUAGAGGAAGCAAAUAUUCCUCACACCUAUGUCUCUGCUAACUGCUUUGCGGCUUACUUUGCUGCUAACCUCUCUCAAAUUGGUACUCUUCUCCCACCCAAAGAGAAAGUUCACGUAUAUGGGGAUGGCAAUGCCAAAGUGAUUUUCGUGGACGAGGAUGAUGCUGCGACAUACGUAAUCAAGUCCAUUGAUGAUCCUCGGUCAUUGAACAAGACAAUAUACAUAAGACCGCCAGAAAACAUCCUUAGUCAAAAUGAGCUGAUUGCUAAAUGGGAAAAGCUAUCAGGAAAAGUUCUUGAGAAGAUUCCCAUUCCGUCUGAUGAAUUCUUGGCGUCAAUGGAAGGUGCGGACCAUACUUAUCAGAUAGUAGUCGGACAUGUCUACCACAUUUUCUACGAGGGCUGCUUGACAAACUUUGAAAUUGCGGACGAUGAAGAAGCUUCUCUACUCUACCCAGAGGUUCAGUACACUCUGAUGGACAAGUACAUGGAACGCUAUUUGUAAUAAAAUAAUAUAUGAACCUCAACAUCUUUAUCAACACAAGCUAGGCAACAUAUAUAUGCACUAAAACAGAUUUUUUUUUUGCAUUGGAAAAUGAGUUUCCCAGUUACCUUAUUACAUCUGCAGACUUCCUAGGCGUUCUACCAGCUAUACAUGACUCUUGUAUUUGUGCAUCCUUGUUAUGUAGUUGUCGGGUGUAAUAUCCGAUGAAUUGUAUCCGGGUGAUGUUAUCUUAUGAGUAAUAAAAUGGCCUUUAUCGGAAAA